GUCCGCAAAAGUUGCGGCUGCUAGGAGGCGCUCGGCGCGUUGCGCCGGAGGCUCGUCGUUCGUUUCAAGGGCAGCGGACAAGACGACGUCUGCCAGCGGAACCAGUGGGCGGCGCAGCUUGCUAGGGUUGGUGCUGACAGCAAGCUGCGCCAGGGCGUUCAAGGUGCCCGCCGCGCGACCCGCGAUCGUCUGGCGGGCGACGAUGCCGCCUCCAUUAUCACAAGCGGAAAAGGACCGGCGCGAGACUGCCUGCCGGGAGGUCCUAGAAUUCGCGGGCGAAAACGAUUCGGUGGGCUCGAUCACACAGCUCGCGAUCAUCGUCAAGGCCCGGACUUCAGUAAAGGGUAACACUAGAGCGCUUGAGGUAUUGAAAGCGUUCUAUGACGCGCGCCCCGAAGGCGACCCGCUGCGCGCCGUGUACGAUGCUGUCAAAGCGCGAAGCUCGAGCACCGAGAGCAUUGCUGCUAGAGCGCGCCUAGGGAAUGCCCACGGCAAGAACCUACCCUCCGUCGCCGACAUGCGCGAGGCUCGCGUGACGUACGCCGCGCGGCCGCUGCCGACGCUGACGGUCUCCGGCCAGCGGCUCGUGCUCGAGUUACAGCGCGGGGUCGCUACGACGGCGGCGACGCCCCAGCAGCAGCUCGAGGGCCUGGAGGAGUGCGCCUGUCUCGAGGCCUUUGAGUCGACGGAGGCGUCCUUCGAGGAAAGGGUCGGAAUCGUCGAGUCAGUUGGGGCGACCAACGUCCCGGAACAGGGCUACUGCUUGGUCUCGAACGAGCUCAUCGGCCACGCGGCCGGCGUGUGGGACGCGCAGCACGCCAAGAACGAGCGCGCGAUCGUGAUGGAGGGCCACCUCCAGGAGUAUUAUGAGUCCGAGAUGGACAAGAUGGCGACGCCGCGGCGCGCGGCGUCGAGGCGCGGUCGCGAGCAGGCGCACGAGCGGCGCUUCGACGCGUAUGGCGGCAAGAAUGGCGUCCUGGAGGCCCCUGUCGCUCUCACAAAGGCGCCUGGGUCCUUCGUGUCGAGACUGCGCGUUGAUCGUAGUUCCGGCAAAUUGAAAGAAAUCGCGGACGCCGUCGAGGCCCAGCAAAAGAUUAGGGUCGAUUCCCGCGUUAUUUGUAUGCCGGAACGCCAGACCGAGCUCUACAAGCGGGUCCGGCCGACGGCUCUCUCGGAGGGUAGCGACCUGUGUCCAAUAAAACAGCGGUCCGUGUCGAUCUAUAUGUAUUAGAGAAACGCGUGCGCCGCCAACUCGACCUCAGAUUUGAUUUACGCACAGUUCGCAACCUUAGAUUAGCGAAGAAGGUCAAGCAGCUCGACAGCGGCCGCUCCAUGCUCCUCACGCUGCGCCCGGACGGCGAGCCGAUGCUGCUGGUCGUCGGUCGGGGCUUGUACCGCCCCCUGUUCAUCAACGUGACGCCGCCGAAGAUUACAGAGGCGGACCGCGAGCAGCGGCUCCGGACCAAGUCCAACGCUGCGAACUCGCACGAAGUCCACUACUCUAAAUUCGUCCGGGGCGUCGAGAAGUCGCUGGCGUGCCUGCGGCGCGUUAUUGUUGAUUUAGGGCUGAACGGCCACGACGUGGCCGAGUUUGUUAAUAGGAUCGUCGACCAGAUCGACGGUCGCUCCCUCGACGGGGCGCCGGGCGAGGCGCCAAAGCGCGGGACCGUGUCCGACGACGACGAGGAGGACGGUGACGCGGGGCUGGGACCGUGUCCGGAGGGCGUCGACGAAGAAGCGUGGGCGGCGGCGAACGCCGACUACGAGGGCAACGCGUUCAUGCGCUUCGCGUGCAUGAACGACUUCGCGGCGCGGGCGCGGUCGCUCGUCGGCAACUUCAGGGCUGCCGCGGCCUCGCAGAAGUGCGCCGCGCCGGCGCCGGCGCCCGGCGUCGCGGUGCCCGCGCCUGCUCCGGCGGGCCCGCACGCCGGGCCGGCUCCCGCGCCCGCCGCUGCGCCCGCUCCCGCCGCGCGCCCGAAGCCGAAGCGCGGCCGCCUCGCCGACGGCCUGCCCCAGGUGCUGUUCAAGUUCGGGCCGCUCGAGCCCGACUGGGCAUCCAAGGUCGACCUCGGCGCCAAGCCGGUCGCGACCAUCGACCCGGACAACCCGAACGAGCUGCUCGUCGAGUUCUGGCUCCGCGUGUCGCGUCCGAUGGCCGAGGCGCUCUAUCCUGACCAGGAGUUCGAGGUCCUCAGCGAGCGCGACGCGCCCGCGGACAACAUCUCGCCGCUCCUCGACGCCGUCGCUGGCGUCGUUGGCAAGCGCAAGGCUCCCGACGCGGUCGCCGCGGCGCCGGGCGCGAAGCGCGCUAGGGAUGCUGCCGUCGCCACCACGUAGGCGCGGGGCGACUGUCUGUUGUUGAUACUUGAACUGUCUUCUUUAAGUAUUCUUCACAAGC